CGCCUCCCUCGGUCACGUAGCUCUGCGGCACCGGCAGCGCCUUUACAGCCCCGCGCGAGAACCGGCACCGCACAAGCCGCGGAGGCAGCCCUGACGACGGACGGACAAAGCAGCCUCGACCGGAAACACCUGCCAAGAUGACGCACCAGUAUCCCGCACUCACUGCCGAGCAGAAGAAGGCGCUCUCCGACAUCGCCCAACGGAUCGUGGCCCCUGGCAAGGGCAUCCUGGCAGCCGAUGAAUCCGUAGGCAGCAUGGCCAAGCGGCUGAACCAAAUCGGGGUGGAGAACACGGAGGAGAACCGGCGUCUCUACCGCCAGAUCCUCUUCAGCGCCGACAGCCGGGUGAAGAAGUGCAUCGGGGGAGUCAUCUUCUUCCACGAGACCUUGUACCAGAAGGCGGAUGACGGCACGCCCUUCGUGGACCUGAUCAAGGACAAGGGCAUCGUUGUGGGCAUUAAGGUUGACAAAGGGGUGGUGCCCCUGGCCGGCACGGAUGGCGAGACCACCACCCAAGGGCUGGAUGGGCUGGCAGAGCGUUGUGCCCAGUACAAGAAGGAUGGCGCAGACUUCGCCAAGUGGCGCUGCGUGUUGAAGAUCAGCGAGAACACCCCCUCCGCCCUGGCCAUCCUGGAGAACGCCAACGUGCUCGCCCGCUAUGCCAGCAUCUGCCAGCAGAACGGCAUCGUGCCCAUCGUGGAACCGGAGAUCCUGCCGGACGGGGAACACGAUCUGAAACGCUGCCAGUAUGUGACCGAGAAGGUUCUGGCUGCCGUCUACAAGGCCCUGAGUGACCACCACAUCUACCUGGAAGGGACUCUGCUGAAGCCCAACAUGGUGACCCCCGGCCAUGCCUGCCCCACCAAGUACAGCCCAGAAGAGAUCGCCAUGGCAACCGUCACUGCCCUGCGCCGGACCGUGCCGCCUGCCGUGCCAGGAAUCACCUUCUUGUCUGGCGGCCAGAGUGAGGAGGAGGCCUCCCUCAACCUCAAUGCCAUCAACAACUGCCCACUGCCCCGGCCAUGGGCCCUGACCUUCUCCUACGGCCGGGCCCUGCAAGCAUCGGCCCUCAACACCUGGCGGGGCCAGCGGGAGAACGAGGAGCUGGCCACCGAGGAGUUUCUUAAGAGAGCCGAGGUCAACGGUCAAGCAGCUCUCGGCCAGUACGAAGCCAGCGAGGACAGCUCAGGGGCGGCCGGACAGUCUCUCUACGUGGCCAACCAUGCCUACUAGCCCCGGCAGAAGUCUUGGGUCCCGAUGACCGGGCCCCUGGCUCCUCCACUGCUUUCCAUCCCGGCCCCCCUGUCACUCCCAGCUUUUUUUAGCGUAGCCGUGACAGCAGCAAAGUAGGCAGAAGAGUGUUAUAUGCUGGGUGGAGUGGGGGGGACACGAGUCCUGCAAGUGGAGGGAGAUGGGAGGAGAGCCCAGGCCUCCCUCGCAGGGAUGUUUUGAGCAUGAAAGCCUCAGCACGGAUUCAAAGCUGAACAAUCCCUCUAGAACAAAAGUCUUCAAAUUUGACUGCUUUAAGACUUGGAGACUUCAGCUCCCAGAAUUCCAUAGUCAACAUUAAGACUUGGGGACUUCUGGGAGUUGAAGUUCACAAGUCUUAAACGUUUUCUUAAACGAUCCCUGGAAAGGUUUUGUGUCACCACACAGGAAGGCAUGGGGGUGAAUCCAUUGCAGGGGUCUUUCUGCAGAGGGAAGGGCUUUGGCGGCCUAGAGAUUUGGGGUCAUUGCUGUGUGGUCAUCUCUACCCCUCCACCUCCCCCCCCCCGCGCGCCUUUCAUUUCUUUGAGGACCAAUAACCAACCCUGUUUGGCUGCGCACUGUGAAUUGUGGCUUUGUGGUGCAGCCUUUCUGCCCCUUCCCCGCAGCAGCCUGGCCAGUGGGAGGGGAGGGGGCCCGUGUGCUCUCUCUGCACCUGAUGUACCAGUAGCCUCCUAACUAAUAAACCAUAGA